GAGAUGAUAACUUGGACCAUGUUGUGCCGCAGAGUACGGCGCUGAUUUUUCGGGAGAGUCUGUCAGGUCCAGAAUGAUUAGACCCUGGCUUAGGAUAUCUCACAACUUAGCCCUGUUGGCCGCAGUCAUGAUGACCAUUCUCCCGGUCGUAAGGUUAAACGAGGAGUAUCAGCGAUUGGCCAAUGUAACGGAAACGGUGAGGGGGAUCCUACAUGGGUACGACAUCAGACUCAGACCAGAUUUUGCAGGGGACCCCCUCUCCAUCGGGAUGUCUAUUGAAAUCGCCAGUAUUGACAGCAUAUCGGAAGUUAACAUGGACUACACCAUGACGAUGUACUUCCAGCAGACGUGGCGGGACCCCCGCCUGUCCUACACCAGCGUGCCCCACAACCUGACCCUGGACGGCCGGGUGGCGGAGAGUAUCUGGGUCCCGGACACGUACUUCCUGAACGACAAGGAGUCCUACCUUCACGGAGUCACCGUCAAGAACCGCAUGUUACGGCUUCACCACGACGGCUCCGUUCUCUAUGGUCUAAGUUAUGAGCUGGAGAACCCUGGAGCAGGAGAGAUGUGGUUAGAUGUUGUUGAGUAA